AUGUCUUCCCAGUCAGAAAAGGACAAAGAGAGACUGAUUCAAGCUGCCAAAGUAUUCUUCUUCCACAUACAAGAUCUGGUUUCCUUCAUAAAUAAGUUCAUCGAGUUGUUUAACUUCACGAUGAAGACUCAGCUGCUCCCAAUGGAUCUGAAAGAAUAUAGUUGCAUUAAAGAUUUCUUUGAACAAAUGAUCAAAAAUUUUAAAGAGAUGCAAAUGAUGGUUGAUGUAAAAGACAAACAAAUGCAAAAGGAGCCUUUGUGUUCCAAGGUGGUGGCUGCUAUGGCCUCUGCCGUGGAGAAGUGCGCCACCGCGGGUCCACACCACACAGCUAAAGAGAUGCUCAAAAACAUCCAGACACAAGCUGUUGCCUCUGUGCUGAGCAGUGGUCACAUCCUCGAGAGUCUGGAAUCUUCUCUUUCACUCCUGAUGCAGUUUCCCAUCGUAAGUCUUCAAUUACACGACUUCUAUAGAGAAGAGACCAAAGAGCAGCCAGGUGCUACCACAUCCGAGAAAAGCAUGAGCCCAGAACACCCCAAAGCCAUUCCAGAGGAUGCCUUAAAGAAGCUUCAAGAUGCCCUAAGGACUAAGGAUGCUGACAGACCAGUAGAAGCAGCCGCAGAUGAACUGGAACAGUUUGUCAAAAAGAUUGAGCCAACCUUACAGGUCCUUCAGAAAGCCAUAAAGACUAUAGAGGGGGAUAUCUCCACAUUUAGUGAAGCUGGGGCCAAGUAG